AAUUAGAAAUUCCACAGCGCAUUUAUUGCCAUUCCAAAGCAAAGCCUCUCUGCUGCGUCAAAACCUUCGCAGCAGCACUCGGUCGUCUCGUCGUUCAUCUUCCAGAUCCAUCCGCCACUGUCGAUUCCCUGCGAUCGUCGCCGCAUUGGCGCUGCACCAUGGGCGGAGUGCCAUCGACGCCGCGGUCGGCCGGCGAAGCGCUGCCGCAGGAGAAGGCGGAGUACUUGAUCAAGGCGUUUGUCGAUGAGAAAUCGUUUCCGCUUGCCUCCAGUUACUGGCAGCGCCUCCUGGAGUUGCCGCUCGAUCUUCGAUGGCCGCCUGACCGCGUUGCCCAAGCCUGUCAUCUCUUCGCCAUGAACAAUUAUAAAACAAGACACCUUGCAAAGAGUUUGAUACACUUAUCAUGGUGCUUGCAAGAGUGUGUUUCUGCUUCUGCUGUGGCGCAUCCAGCUUUCUCAAAAUCUCGUAAUGCACUAUAUCAAUUGUCUGUUUUUCUGAAGUAUCUAAUCGAAAAUGGAACAAGUGACAACUUUGAUGAGCUCUGCCUAUCGCUAGAUGACACUGAGCCAAUACCCAGUAAUUUCUCAAAAGCAGGUGAAAGUAUUGAAAGACUUGUUAUGUGCAAUGUGCUGAACUUCAUUGCCAAAGUUGAUGUUAGCCCUGAAACAUACCUUCUGCAUCAUGAGCUGCUUAAUUUCAUGCUGAUUGCCAUGUCAACUCAACUUCGCUCUGGGCCAUCACCAGGACUGAAUGAUGUGCACCCUUUUCUUGAUGCAGCAAUGCUUCAGGAAAGUUCUCUGGUAAAUUUGGUUGUUCGUAAGUUAAUGCAUAAUUACAUUAUGCGAACCAAAGUUCCAUUGAACAGUUCGAUUUAUGCCAUACUCUAUGAGGGAAAUCAGGAUGGUAUUCUGAAAAAAGUUGGCUCAGCAGCUGCAAAUUUGAUGCUAUUGCCGUUUAGUUAUUUAAUCAGCUCAACUGGUGAAGGCUCAAGAAGUCCAUUAGCCGAAAGCAGUCUUAAUGUUUUACUUAUUCUCAAUCAUCACCAUAAAUGUAGUUCAGUGGACUAUUUAAUGGAUAAAGUUGGUUCAUAUUCACUUCAGAAGGAAGAAGUAUAUAUGGAAAACCCUUUCUGCAAAGCAAUACAAAAUGUUCAAGAUAUUGAAUUUAGUCGUAUUGAUAUUGAGGGGAUCGUGCACAGUGAUACCGUGAUGCGGCUGCCUUUUGCUUCACUUUUUGAUACUCUUGGCAUAUGUUUGGCUGAUGAAACCUCCAUCCUGUUGCUUUAUUCUCUGGUGCAUGGAAAUUCAUACUUUUUGGAAUAUGUUCUGGUGCGGACAGAUUUGGAUACACUGAUGAUGCCCAUGUUGGAGACGCUGUAUAAUGUUCCGAGAAGGACAGCCAACCAUAUUUAUAUGGUCCUAAUUAUUCUUCUUAUACUAAGUCAAGAUUCCUCUUUCAAUUCCAGUAUUCACAAACUGAUUCUUCCUAGUGUUCCAUGGUAUCAAGAAUGUCUCCUUCAUCAAAUUUCUCUCGGUUCCCUUAUGAUCAUAGUUUUAGUCAGGACUGUGAAGUAUAGCCUCUCUAAGCAAAGGGAUGUCUAUCUUCAUACGAAUUGUCUUGCCACUUUAGCAAAUAUGGCGCCACAUGUCCACCGUCUAUGUGCAUAUGGAUCACAGCAGUUGGUCAGCCUUUUCGAUCUUCUAGCACGCAAGUACAAUAAAUUAGCAGAGGCCACAAACGAUAAGAUGAAUAUGGAAGAUGGUGAUCUAAGUGGAGAUGGCCUUCUCGAGGAUCCGUCGUCGGAAUUGCAUAUUUAUGCAGACUUUCUUCGACUUGUUCUGGAGAUACUCAAUGCAAUCCUCACUUAUGCUUUACCAAGGAAUCCUGAGGUCGUAUAUGCAAUUUUGCACAGACAAGAAGUUUUUCUACCUUUCAAGGGCCAUCCGCGGUUUUGUGAGCUGUUGAACAAUAUAUAUACGGUUUUGGACUUCUUCAACAGCCGAAUAGAUGCUCAAAAGAUGAACAAUGAAUGGUUCGUUGAAAAAGUGCUUGAAGUCAUAAUUCACAAUUUCCGGUAUUGGAGAGGUGAAGGCAUUAUGGUAUUUCCCCAACUAUGCUUCAUCUACGAACAAGAGAGUCAUCCCGAGGAGUUCUUCAUUCCGUAUGUUUGGCAGUUGAUACUCUCUCACGGCGGUUUUACAUUCAAUCCAAGCAACAUAAAUUUAUUUUCAGUUCCUGUAGAAGAUAUACACUACGAAUUGGAAGCGGACAAGCUCCAAAAUCAAGAACUGAACUCGAAGGAGGAGGUCUAGUUCAUCCAAAAACAUCGGGUAAAUGUACAUACAUAGGUACACACAACAUAACAUAGGAGCUUGCCUUGGUAAGUGAACGAUACACAGUCUUAGUAUUCGGGGUUUUUGUAAGAACGUAUUAUUUCCAAAUGCAAUAACUUCAUCGGAAAUUUAUA